AUGUCUGAAAUCGAUGCUCGCGAAGCUGCUGUUGCCGCCCGGGAAGAAGCCGUAGCCCUACGGGAAGCAAACUGCGAUGCCCGCGAAGCUGCCCUUCUGGCAAGGGAACAAGCGUCUGCCGCUGACUCUGCGCCCGUCCCAGCUACUGAAUCCGAACCAACUCCCGAAGAGAAGGUAGAAGAGUCAGCUACUAGUAUCCCUGAGCCGGAAGCUGCUGUGCCUGAAGUUGCACUGGAGGCCGCACCAGAAACUGCACCAGAGGCUGCACCAGAAGCUGCUCCCGCAUCGGAGGCACCACCAGCUACGGAAGAACAUGCCGCAGCAGCCGAGGAGCCAGCAGCAACACCUGCAGAAACUUCUGAAGUCAAGACUGAGGAGCCAGUUCCAGCUCCAGCCCCAGCUCCAGAAGCAGAGGCAGAGGCUGAGCCUCCAUCUGCACCAGAACCCGUCGUCGAAGAGCCUACUCCAGUAGCCGAAGAAGCUCCUGAGACAAAGGCAGGGGAAGCUACACCAGCUCCAGCAGAAGAAACUCCCGCCCCAGCGCCUGCGGAAGACACUCCCCCAGCUGUCGCUGAGGAAGCUGCUGCUGCAGUAGAGGAAGCUCCAGCAGCCGCACCGGAGCCAAUCGAGGAGGCAAAACCUGAGGAGGUUACCCCGGCUCCUGUCGAAGAGACUCCUGCACCAGUUGAAGAGACUCCCGCACCCGUUGAAGAGACUCCAGCACCAGUUGAAGAGACACCCGCACCAGUUGAAGAGACACCCGCACCAGUUGAAGAGACGGCUCCCGCAGCAGAAGAGACACCUGCGCCAAUAGAAGAAGCCGCAAAGCCAGUGGAUGAGACCACAGCCCCAGUACCGGAGUUGGUAGAGGAAGUGGCCGCACCGGUAAUACCCGUGCAGCAAGAACCGAUUGCGGCUUGA